GGCCGGGGUGGCAAAGGAAGCAUCUAUGUCUGGGCCUCUGGAGAUGGGGGCAGCUAUGAUGACUGUAACUGUGAUGGUUAUGCAUCCAGCAUGUGGACAAUCUCCAUCAAUUCUGCUAUAAAUGAUGGACGGACAGCUCUGUAUGAUGAAAGCUGCUCUUCAACAUUAGCCUCCACCUUCAGUAAUGGGAGGAAGAGAAAUCCAGAGGCUGGCGUGGCUACAACGGAUUUGUAUGGCAACUGCACCCUGCGUCACUCAGGAACGUCUGCAGCUGCCCCUGAAGCGGCCGGAGUGUUUGCCUUGGCCCUGGAGGCUAACUUGGAUCUGACAUGGAGAGACAUGCAGCAUCUGACAGUGCUCACCUCCAAGAGGAACCAGCUUCAUGAUGAAGUUCAUCAGUGGCGUAGAAAUGGCGUUGGGCUGGAAUUCAACCAUUUGUUUGGCUAUGGUGUCCUAGAUGCAGGAGCAAUGGUUAAGAUGGCAAAAGACUGGAAGACCGUUCCUGAGAGAUUCCAUUGUGUCGGAGGAUCAAUACAGGAACCUGAAAAGAUACCACCAAGUGGCAAGCUGGUCCUCACACUUACAACUGAUGCUUGUGAGGGGAAGGAAAACUUCGUCCGAUACCUUGAACACGUCCAAGCAGUUAUAACUGUGAAUUCCACCAGGCGAGGAGACCUCAACAUCAACAUGACCUCGCCAAUGGGAACAAAGUCCAUUUUACUGAGUCGGCGUCCCAGGGACGACGACUCCAAGGUGGGGUUUGACAAGUGGCCUUUCAUGACCACACACACUUGGGGAGAAGACCCCCGAGGCACCUGGGCUCUAGAGAUUGGGUUUGUGGGCAGUCUGCCGCAGCGGGGCGUGCUGAAGGAGUGGACACUGAUGCUGCAUGGGACUCAGAGCGCACCAUAUAUAGACCAAAUAGUAAAAGAUUAUCAGUCCAAACUGGCCAUGUCCAAGAAGGAAGAGCUGGAAGAGGAAUUAGAUGAAGCAGUGGAGAGAAGCCUGAAGAGUAUACUGAGCAAGAACUAACGCUGUUCUGCAUGACAGUGUCUUUCCUUCCCCAGAUCCCUCUACUCACCUUUCUACUAUCCAAAUCUGUUAGACAUACAAUGAUCAUCUCUGUAGCCAAAUUAUCACACUUUCUUGAUUUUAAAGUCUGUAUCUUGUCAAUAGUUAUUUUAAUUACCACUGAAGCAAUCCUUUUUUUACUCUAAACUACAAAUACACUGUCCCUCACCAAAUACUAUGUACAGUUUGUGCCUGUAAAUGAUUUUUCUUUUGUGUCAUAAGAAUA